AUGAAGUUGGUCAUCCUUGAAAAAAAACAAGCUUUAGUGAGGCAUCAAGUAAGCUCUGUUGCCAAGACAAGCGAUGCUACCUUCCAACCUCCUAAAUCCAAUGACGUAUUGACAAAGUUUCGAAAUUUGUGGUGGACCGAUGGAAAUAUACACCCAAGUGCAAAUUGGGAAGAAGCUUCUGAUGUUGAUUGGGAAAAAUAUUCAGAGCGAACUGAUAUGUAUAAUGUGCAUGGAAGAUGGGAGUGGAUAAAUGGAAAUGUUUAUGUGUAUGAAUUGCCUUUAGGGCCUCAUGAGGUUUGUAAGGGUGCAAUUGAGAGAUUGAUUGUUAAGAAAGAUCCACAAGAUAUGCUCAUUAGUUCAGGAUCCACAUGUACAAAAGCCGGUAAUAAAGGAAAAGAACCAGACGGAUCUUUUUUACCAUUUGACAAACCUGAAGUAAAUUCAAAUGGACGUGAAGGCACUAAUUCUCUUUUACCGUGGCCCAAUCUUGUAAUCGAAGUCGCUUCCUUGGAAUCUGAAGCACAUUUAUUAAACGCAGUAAAAGAUUAUUGGCUCUAUCCAGGUAGAGCUCAUGAUGCAAUUGCAGUAAAAUUAGUACGAUCUGAUACAAUUAUUUCAAAAUUGAAAGUAUGGCAUUUUUGCACAGAUGAAAGGACACAGAGUGGGGAAUUAAUACCUGUUUCGGAAUUUGAAUUUGAAUUUAAUACCAUUGAUGAUAAAGAUCAAAUUCUUAUUCAGCCUCAACAACAUACUAUUGACCUUAAAAGAGAAUGUCUCUUUCAUGGAAUGCCACCAACUUUUCAAACACCUACAUCAAUACCCGAUUCUCUUACCGUAGAUUUUUAUUAUGUCAUACGUGCUAUGUUAGGUACACAUGAACUUAGGUUUUCAUAA